AUGCCAUCCCCAGCCUCGACUCCCUCGUCGACCGCUGGUCGAUCGACCAAGAUGAACAAGAAGACGAAGACCAUCGUCCUCAAGCUCACCUCCUCCCUGCUCAAUCGAUUUCCCGGCGUCGCCACCCCUGGUGAUGACCAGGAAGCGAAGUCCAAGGCCUCGUCGUCGUCUCCCACCUCCUCCCCAACACCCGUCGGUCCCUCUGCUGCCUCUGUCGAUAAUGCCUCCGAGCCUCGAUCGAGCCCACCGGUCGCUGAAGCCGCUGCCACAGCUGAGUCCUCCAAGAAGAAACCAGGCACUCCUUCCAAGACCGGCACCAAGAGAGCAGCUGGAAGCGAUGCUGGUCCAAAGCCCAGAGCUCGACCAGGUCCGAAGAAGAAGGCCAGAUUGGACGACGGCACUGUAGACAGCAACGGACGAAGCACCGGUCCCACCACGACCGGAACCCACAAACUCGGCCCCAAAGCCAACCAGGGAGCUAUCAACGCCGGACUUCGCGCCCUCGACCGAACUGGCAAGCCCUGCCGUAGGUGGGAACGCAAAGCAUUCCAGCUCAAGAGCUUCACAGGCACCGCCUGGCAGGUCCGAAGCUGGCGUGCUCCUCCCAGGCCAAAACCUGCAGACGUCACCAUGACCGACGCAAACACAGCCGCCGCGACGCCAGCCGACGAUACAAACGCGAACAACAAGGACAACAUCGCCUCCAGUGCCGUUGCAAGUGAAAGAAGCAACGCUGGAGAAACAGCCACUCCUUCAUUUCCGGGCAACGCCGAAAGCUCUCCCGCUCCGGUGGCGGCUGCGGCUUGA